UGCUGAUCACAUAUACCAAGUACUCUCUCAGGAGUCAUUUGCCGAUCUACAAAAUGAAGCUGGAGGAGGAGCAUCGGCUCCUGACGCGAGGGAUAAACUGGAACAAGAGGAGGAAUUAGUUCAAGUGAGUAAAAUUACUAAUCUUUCAAUGUCGAACAUAUUGUUUUCUGCGUAUGUAUUGUUCAUAUGAGCGGCUGGAUUUUCCUUUAUAUGCUUAUCGAGAGAGAGCAAUAAGUUGUAGUUUUAUGUUUUCGGUUCAAGGGUGCAAACUGCUUUGUGACAAUGAUCAAUACAUUGAAGUCUGCGUUCUUAACUCAUGUUGACGAGCUUCUUCCAGCAGUUGAAGCGCUGUGGGUAUCGUGACACAUAUGCUCAAGUCGUCAUACACGCUUGUUACUCAGAAAGUCCCCAGCUUCAAAGGGAAGCUGCGCGUGGAAUCGGUUUGUGUGCUACGCGUAGAGGACUUGUAUCCAACUUUGAUGCACCCGCGGCUAUCGACAGCCUAUAUUAUGUAAUAGAAAGCGGAACUGAAUCGGAGAGGACAAUGACAUAUGAUGCCGUUGUUUCAGCUUUGGGCAAAAUAUGUGAGUUCUGGCGUGAUACCAUUGACGGCCAUCAUGUGGUUCCAGCCUGGCUAAACUUCUUACCAUUGAGGAACGACUUCAAAGAAGCCCAGUAUGCACACCAACUACUCUGUCAAAUGUUAGAAAGGGCUGAUCAGGAUCUUUUGGGGCUUAACAACGAGAAUCUCCAUCAGGUUAUACAAAUUUUAAAGGAGAUUUUAUCACGAAGUGACCAUCUAGCGACCGAGGAAACGACAUGCCAGAUCGUUUGUUUGCUAAACCAAUUGGGGGCCAUGCCAUGAUUGUUUAUUGAACUUCACACCAAACGUACACUAUUUUUAGGCAACACCACUAUGGGCUUCUGUCAAUGAGAAGGAAGAAAAAAUUGAUCUUCACAAAGUGUGCAGAUUAACAUUUUGUUAUUUUACAAACGAAUAUGACAGUAAUUGAGUAGUUGUCAUUGAUGUUCUUUUCAUCGA